AUGCUCGAAAGAACGGCCGCCGCCAGCCUGGAAUCAUGCAACCUCCAGCGCGUCCUGCCCAAGGCGAGCCGCCCGCCGAAGCGAAGCAGACGUCUCCAUACGGGCUUCUGGCAGCAUGGCGCCUCGGCAAUAGAGCUGUCUAGUCUCUGGCCGCUGUCGCCGCCUGCCACGGAUGCUGAGGCCCCGGACUGCGCGACGCGGCCUGCACAGACGAGCCUGGUCGCUUCUGCUUUUCUGCUCGACUUUCUCUACCCGAACGGCACAUAUGCGCUUCUCAGACGGCUGUACCCGUCGCUGCCACGGCCACAGGAUGGGAGGAGGACCGAUGGCUCUUCUCGAAGGCGGAAUUUUACGUCUUCGACGGUCGUUGCGGAAUCGGAUCCUCAAACUCCCGUCGUUCGGAUGGAAGCGCCCCAAACUCGCCCUAGUCGACGAAACGCCCGUUCAUUCACGAAUAACCGAGCUUUGCAGCAAGGAGGGACGAGGCAUGUCGCGGCGGUAGUCGCCCCUGAUGCCACGCACCCAGCACCCUCAGCUUUGGAAACAAACGAAAGCGCUUUGCAAGCAGCGGAUAUAACGAGCGCCCCCCGACUCAAGCGCAGAUCCAACUCCCGAACGCUCCAAGAUUUGCUCUCCCGGCCGGACGAAGAACGGCAUCAUGAUGUCUGGGAUCUAUAUUGCAGGCUGGACGAUGACCAGCGGCAAGCUCUCCGCCGCCAGGUUAUCAUCUACCUUGCCAGGUCCCGAAGCAUAGUCGAGAUAGGAAGGGCACUGUCUCUGUUCCGCCAGAUACCGGUAGACUCGUGGGAUGACGAGUUGCAGUCUGCGGGAGUGCUUGCGCUGUUGCGCUCCGGCGACACCGCCCUUGCUGUUGACCGAUUCAAGACCGGGCUAGAGCAAAACGGCCUCACUGGCGGCAUUGAACACCUGAUCUCGCACUCAGUUGAGAAUCGCCAGUGGCAGACACUUUUGAAAAUUUGGCUAGACUACUAUACAUCCGAUACGACCGACACGGGAAAUCAGCUGCGCCAUCUUCAGACCAUACCGAAUAUGUGGAAGCCUUAUUUCUCCUUCGAACGAUAUAUCGAGACCGAAUCAUCGGGUCCCGUUCGUGCCAUCAAUCUCCACUCCAAGACCAGGCUUGGCCUGUCAACUCUACGACGACAUUUGGCCGAGGCCGCAUUGAGACAGCCCUGUCCGCCAAAACAGGCUGCAGUCAUCCUCGACAUUUGGGCCGAGAAGCAGCUGUAUGAGGGCUAUCUCAUGCAAAUGAUGGACCGCUGGAGCAAAGGGCAGGAGUCCAAAGCCAGUCUCGUUGCGCUACCGGAUAUUUACAAGACGUACCGAGCGAUGCCGGGUGCCAAGCCACCUGUGCCACUCCUUCGUGGCUUGUUCGAACUCUACUUCCCUGCAAACGUCGCUGGUCUUGAGGAGGUAUAUCGUGACUGGCACAGUGCCUGGGGAGACCUCGACCAGUGGGGGUUCGAAAAGUUUCUCAAGUUCUAUGCGGGAGCAGGAGAUAUUCAGGCGGUUAAAGAUCUAUGGGCACGAUAUGUGGCUCGAUACCCCGAUGUCCUGGAUCUCCCACGGGCGUUCCGGAGCACCAUGAACGUCUAUGCGCAGACGGGCGAUGUUGCUGCGGCCGAGAAGGAGUUCCGACUGAUGACGGACAAGUACGAAGUCACGCCUGACAUUGACACAUGGAACACGCUGCUGAAGUGCUAUGUACGGGCCGACGAUUUCCCUCGCGUCCUUCAGUGCUUCGAGGAGAUCGACGCUGCGCUUCUCCCGAACUCCUUCACAUACGCCCACGUGAUGGCGAUGGCAUCGAAGAAAGGAGACCUCGAGACAACGCUGGAGUUCUUCAAUCGCUCGCAGAAAGACCGCGUGCCGGUGUCCAAAGAGAUGACCAUGGCACUCGUUACCGCUUACUGUCGAAACGAUCGCCUGACGGAUGCUGAACGGAUCUGCUUCGAGCUCGCCGAGCGCAAGGCCACGAGUACAGGCGUAUGGAACCAGCUUCUGUACUAUAACGGUGCGCAGGGCAAGCUCGACAAGUGCUACGAGCUGCUCCAGGCGAUGAAGACACACGACGUCGAGUGGGACAGCCAGACGUACGAGUUUCUCCUCGAAGCGCUCGUUCGGGUCGACCAGAUCCAGCCGGCGUUUCAGCUGUUACAAAAGGCGCACGAGGACAAGCUAUUUCCUGUGGGCCCUGAGCAUUUCGCAGUUGUGAUGGCUGGCGCCGUCCGGACUGGAGAGCUCGCCCUCGUCGAGACCAUCAUGGCUCAAAUGCGACAGGCGGACCAACCAAUGUCCUUCAAGGGCCAAGUUGCACUUGUGGAGGCCGCCAUUCGGCAGAACCCAUCGGCGAAGAGGACUCGCCAGCUGGGCAGAGAGAUCGUCAAGCACCUGCGGGCCAUGCUCCCAGUGCAAGGGGCCAAAGGCUCCAGGGGGGUUGCUAAUCUACCGUGGGCCAACACCCCUCGGGGCCUGGUGGAACUGAGAAGACAAACACAGGGCAUCGGCCGGGCCAUCAUGCUGCUUGUCGAGUUGCGCGACUUUACCACGGCCGAGGAACUGGUCAAUGUAUACGCAGAGGUGUUUCCGAAGUGCAAAGGCGAGGCGGCUUUCCCACCCGAGAUCACGUCGGCCUUGAUGUUGGGCUAUCUCAAAGACGGGCGGCUGGCACAGGUCCACAAGAUGUGGAAGCAGACGUGGAACAGCACACUGGCCAGGAGUCAACGGCCUCACGGCGGCAUAUAUCCGGCGCAUGAGUACGACCUCGCCCGGCCGCUGAACGUGGUGGCCAAGGCAUUUAGGGAGGAAGACGACGGGCGCGGGCUGCUCAGCUGCGUCGAGCAGGUCACGGGCGCGGGCUUCAAGCUGACGCGCAGCAACUGGAACCUCGUGGUGCGAUACCUCGCCGAGACAGGUCACUGGGAGCGCGCCAUGGACUGGUGCGAGGAGAUGCUCAUGCCGCGCUGGCGCGGGUGGACGGCCUCGGCCGGCAGCCUCCAGGAGCGGCGCGACCUCAAGAACACGCGCGUCCUGCAGGCGUCCAAGGCCGCCGUCCUCAGCCUCCAGCGGGAGUGGCUCAAGCUCCGCAAGCUGGCUGCCUGGUCCGGCCACGUCUCCCACAAGCUCAAGCAGAUCGAGCUGCGCCACCCGAUGCUGCACUACGCCUUCAUCACCACCGACUACGAGCACCUGCCCGCGGCCUGGACCCGCCCCCGCACCGGCAAGAGCCUCACCCGCGCCAUCAAGGACAUGCUGAGGCCAGUCUCGUACGAUGAGCUCAAGGCCAUGCAGCGCACCCUCCAGAGGCAGCUCCGCGCCCUCGAGGGCCGCAAGCAACAGCGCCGGGUCAGCGCCGGCGGUUCGGGCUCCGGUCCGGGUUCUGGUGGCUCCAGCAGCAGCAUGAACAAGAGGCCGCCGCGCAGAAAGGCCGCGUCCGCCGCUCAUGCUCAAGCCCCAAGCCCCGGCAGCAGCAGCGGCGGCGCUGGCGGCGUUCACGUCGUCCCGAGCAGGCCGUCGCCCAAGAAGGACGCUGCGCAGACCCGGCCCGUCCGCCAGGCCGCUGACGUGAAGCACCUGAAGCACCUGGACGUGGCCGUCCGGGAGAGGUUGAGCGAACUGCAGGAUGCGUCAUGA